CCCGGCCCCGCCUCUACCCGCUGUCCCGUCCGCGCCGGCCGGCGCUUCCCACCCCACUGAGCUGCCGCCAUGAAGUGUCACUACGAGGUGCUGGGAGUGAAGCGCGACGCCGCCGAGGAGGAUCUGAAGCGGGCGUACCGCCGGCUGGCGCUGCGCUGGCACCCGGAUAAAAACCUAGAGAACGCGGAGGAAGCGGCAGAGCAGUUCAAGUUAAUCCAGGCAGCGUACGACGUCCUCAGCGACCCCCAGGAAAGAGCCUGGUAUGAUAAUCAUAGGGAGGCUUUGUUGAGAGGAGGAGUUGAUGGAGACUAUCAAGAUGAUAGUUUAGAUCUGCUGCGCUACUUCACUGUUAGCUGUUACUCUGGAUAUGGAGAUGAUGAGAAGGGAUUCUUUACAGUCUAUCGAGAAGUUUUUGAAAAGAUUGCAAAAGAAGAGGUGGAAUACAUGACCCGGGAAGAUAUUGAAGAGUUCCCUAUGUUUGGCAAUUCCCAAAGCGACUAUGAUACGGUAGUCCACCCUUUCUAUGCAUAUUGGCAGAGUUUCUGUACUCAGAAGAACUUUGCUUGGAAAGAAGAAUAUGACACACGACAAGCCUCAAACCGCUGGGAGAAACGAGCUAUGGAAAAAGAGAACAAGAAAAAGAGAGAUAAAGCCAGGAAAGAGAGGAACGAACUGAUCCGUCAGCUAGUAGCCUUUAUUCGUAAAAGGGAUAAAAGAGUACAAGCUCAUAGAAAACUUGUGGAAGAACAAAAUGCAGAAAAAACUAGAAAAUCGGAGGAAUUUCGGAGGCAGCAGAAGCUCAAACAAGCCAAGCUGGCUGAGCAAUAUAAAGAGCAAAGCUGGAUAACUAUGUCAGAUCUGGAAAAGGAGUUGCAAGAGAUGGAGGCACAAUAUGAAAAGGAAUUUGGAGACGGAUCAAGUGACGAGGAGGAAUUAGAAGAACAGGAGACAAAAGGCAUCGAAGAGAAACUGAAUGAUGAAAUUGAAGAAGCUGAAUUUGUUGAUGGUCUAUACUGCCCUGCUUGUGACAAGUUGUUAAAAACUGAGAAAGCCAUGAAGAAUCAUGAAAAGUCAAAGAAGCAUCGAGAGAUGGUGGCACUGUUACGACAGCAACUGGAAGAAGAAGAAGGGAAAUUUCCUGUGUCUUUGGAUGAUGCAUGUGAAAUGCAUACCAGAGAGGAAGAAACAGAAGACAUGCCCAAGCAGAAACUCUCGAAGAAGCAGAGGAAGAAACAGAAAACAAUAGUGACUUAUGAGGAUUCUCUUGAUGAAAGUGCUGAUGAAGAAACAGUUGAACAAAAGGAGGUGCACGAUGUGGACAAGGACAGUGGCACAGCAGAGGAGUUGGUAAAUGAUGGCCAAAGAUGUGCUGUGUCAGAGGAUGCAAGUGCUACAGAAGAUGUCAGUCAAGUGAAUGAAGCAAGAGGUGAAGCUAAAAGUACUAAGCCUAAAGGGAAGAAAGCCAAGGAAGCAAAAAAGUCUGCUAAGGCAUCUUCAGAGCACCCAACAACUAAUGAAGUUCCUAUCCACUGUGUCACCUGCAACUGUGCAUUUCCAUCCCGAAAUAAACUGUUUGAACACCUGAAAGCCACAGGGCAUGCAAAAGCCACACAAGCAGCAGCUGUAAAUGGAGCUGUAAACACCAGAAACAAAAAAGAGAAACGUAAAAACAGAUAGAACUUUGCUAAGAGUGUCAGUCUACAGAAUCGUACAUGAGUGCUGUCCUGGAGCAGAGAGGUGAACAUUAAUUGUGUCUGGAGUUGAAUAGAGAAGGCAAGUCCUAAUUUGGGUGAAAAAAAAGGAAGAUGAAACAUAAAGAAUAAUAUCUUGUGAAGAAACCUGUGCUUGUUUUUGGGUUCAUUAGCCUUUCUUUAAUGACUGCAUUUGACUUGCUGUCUCAGCAGCUUUCACAGUGGGGUCGGGGAAGUAGUAAUUCAGAUUGACCUUGUGUUCCUGUAGAAACAUGACCAGAUAAAGUGCCCACACAGAGGGUUUAUUGUUUUAA